UUACACGUGUUUAUUAUAAAUAAGGGUGUUUUGUGGUUUAAUCUAUGGAUAUAAAUUCACGAGUCACAUGACCAAAACACGUCAUUUGACCGCCUUCAAAACAUUCUUUGGUUACCUGUUGCAUGUCAACUUCUUAUAAGAAAGAAAAGUUUAAAAUAAUCCAACAUUUACUGUUUAAAUGACGGUACGGAUAGGUAGUAUAAUUCUUUCAUCUUGCGCAAAUCACUUGAUUUAUAUUUUUUAAUCUUUCGUAUACACUAAUAUAUCCGUGAUGGAUAAACUAAGAAGAGUACUUAAUGGGGAUGAAUCUCCAGAUGAAGAAAGUGGAAUUAUGUCACAGUUGAAUGAAAGUGCUACUUUAAGUUGGUCAACAAGGCUCAAAGGUUUCCUUGCAUGCUUCAUAAUCGGUAUCUUGUUAUCUUUCUUAGGAAGCUUCGCCUUAUUUUUCGCCAAAGGCAUAAAUACGUUUGCGGUGUUUUACACCUUGGGAAAUAUAACUUCCAUGGCAAGCACAUGUUUUCUGAUGGGCCCCUUCAACCAGUUCAAGAAAAUGUUUGCGCCAACAAGAAUAAUUGCAACGGUUGUUGUGUUCAUAUCACUCAUAAUGACAAUAAUCUCUGCAGUUGCUUUACAUAAAGCCAUUCUGGCUUUGCUAUUUAUUAUUAUCCAAUUCUUAGCAAUGACUUGGUACUCGUUGUCUUACAUACCAUAUGCCAGAGAUGCCGUCAAGAAGACUGUAAUGACUUGUGUAGUGUGAUUGAAAUGUAUUUAAGUCAAUUAUUUUAUACUUAUGUAAUCAAUAUGCAUUUACAAAUGUGCCUUAAACUUUUUAGGCGAUUAUAGUAUUGGAUAUACCCUGUAAUUAUUUAUUUUUAUUGUUUAUUAUGCUGUAUAACAAGAAAUAUUACAAAUGAUUUUUA